AUGGUUGAGGAACGCCAUAAGCGUUUUAUGAAGUUGAACCGCAAUUUGGAUUUAGUCUACCAGAAAUUCAUCCUUGAUUGUGCUAAUGCAAACAUUGGUCCAACUUUAAGUUUUAGCUUACUUAAGGAAGUGCUUGGUGGAUUAGAUUAUGUAGGGUGUACUAUUUUAGAAGUACACGACUAUAGACGUGACCUUAGAGCAUACGUGGAAGGAGCUGAUGCGCAAAUGCUAUUAAAUGAGAUGCACAGGAAGAAGGAACUUUGUGGUGCAUUUACAUAUGAGUAUGAAGUCAACUCAAAAGAUAGAUUGACACGCAAGGAUAAUCAUGGUCGCCGUGUGACAUUUGCUACUGGCCUUUUGUCCAAAGAAAAUGCUAACUCCUUUUCAUGGUUAUUUAACCAAUUUGUAAAGUGUAUGGGUGUGGCUCCCAAACUCAUUGUAACCGACCAAGACUUAGGAAUGAAAGUUGCUAUUGAGGAGAACAUGCUUGGUAGUGAAGAACUAAAGAAUGAACUGAAUGCAUAUGUAUGGUCGGAGUUGAUAGAACCUGAUGCAUUUGAAGAAACUUGGCAUGCUAUAAUGGAAAGAUAUGGGCUGGCCAAUAAUGACUGGUUUUCAUCAAUGUUUGCAUUCAGAAGGUUUUGGGUUCCAGCCUUUUUCCAUGAUUUUCCGAUGAGUUCGUUGAUAAAGACAACUUCUUUGUCUGAAUCACAGAAUAGCUUCUUUAAAAGGUACUCAAAGUCUCGGGCUAACCUUAUGCAAUUUUAUAUGAACUAUAACCAUGCUCUGGAGACUCAAAGAAGAGUGUCUACCAAUAAAGAGAUUGAAGUAUAUAACGUAAAGGACAAGGAUUCAAACUCAUGGACAAUAACUUACUCCAUUAGUGAUGAUACCUAUUUUUGUGGAUGCAAAAAGUUUGAGAGACUUGAUCUAUUGUGCAGUCAUAUAUUUUGUGUGUUGAAAUAUAAGUUUGUUAAGUUGAUACCCAAGAUGUUGCGUGUAGGGAGAUGGUUGAAGUCACAGUUUGUGAAGCCAAUACAUGGAGGUUUUUGUGAUGAUCACGAAAUACACCUUGCUGUGGACAAGAAGAAGAUUGCAUUUAAAAACUUGUAUGCAUUAUUCAUUGAAACAGCACAAAGUAUUGAAGGGAAUAUUGAUCAAAUCAAUGCAUUUGCUGCAAUUAUUGAAGAAGGUAAGAAGCAGCUUCUCGGAGAAGGUGUUGUUCUGUCUUCGACAGAGAAGAGAGCUUUGAUUGAGAACUUCUAUGGCUCACAAGUUCCGAACUUUAUAGAAGUUCAUCCUCCUGAUGUUGUUAGUACAAAGGGAAGUGGAAGUAUGAAGAAAUCGAGGAGGGAGUCAGCAAUGAAGUUAGCAAUGAAACGAACUGCAAAAAGGUUAAUGAGAAGGAAAAUUAGAGGCAGGGAUGAUUUGGACAUAAAUAGUUCACUUUGUAGCCUUUUUAGAGCACUAAUGAUUAAUUUUAUUACACUUUUGAGUGAAUUUUAUCUCAAUGCAAACUUGGUUUUUGUGUUAAGCUCAAGUGCCAAUAAGUUCACUUUUAUAUGUAUUCGUUAA